AUGGUCAUCGGAAAUCGCCUGCUGGAGAUUCCAGACAAGCUGAUCGAGAAAGACGCUCUUGUGCAGACUUGCAAGGCGUUCCUGCCGGACAUGAUCGCCUCCAAGAAGGGCCACGUGGUGAACAUCGCUAGCCUGGCUGGCAUGCAGGGCAUGAGCCGCCUCACCGACUACUGCGCCUCCAAGUUCGCCGCCGUCGGCUUCCACGAGUCGCUCACCGUUGAGCUGAAGGUGGGAGGCCACGACGAUGUGCAUACCACUGUCAUCUGCCCGUUCUUCAUCAACACGGGAAUGUUUGAUGGCGCCAAGUCAACUGUGAUCCCGUUCCUGGAGCCGGAGUAUGUGGCGGAUCAGAUCGAGACUGCCAUCUUGCUGAACAAGGAGCACGUCAUCAUCCCGGGCUACCUGACGCCGCUC